AUGGAGCCCAGGAUGCAGGUUUCUGUAUUGAGUUCCUCUGAGGAUGAGAGCCCCUUUCUAGUAACAAAGAAGAGGUCCUGGAAGAAGUCCACCAAGCAUAGCACCCCUGAGGAGACAGCCUUGGGCUGGAGGAGUCCAAGGCCCCCAAGAGGGACUUCCCACCUCCUAGGGUCCCCAGUGCCUUCUCAGUCCUCCAAGGACCUUAUGUCCCAACUGGCAGGGGUCAGCCCUAUAGCCACCUUCAGAAAGAGAAAGCUGUCGACCAUCAGGGCAUCUGAGGGCACCAGUGGGCAGUUAGGGUCCUAUUUGGACGACCCGGCUCCUGGGAAAGACCCACCUGUGUCAGCCUCAUUAGCCAAACAGGAGCAGAAAAGAGAGGCCAGGGAAGCAAAGAGGUGGCCAGGAACUUCGGGAUUGCCUGGGAUUCCAGAUAUAACCAGGAAGAAAAGACGAGACCAGAAAGGACAGGAGGCUGUGAUGCAGCGGGUGAGGCAAUGGGAAAGCUGCCUACUUCAGGAAAUUGAAGAGGCGGUCCACCAUGAACUCUUCAUCCAAGCAGAGUGA